UCGUUCGGUACUAUUGUGUCUGUCUGUAUGCAAGUGAGUGACCAAGUGUACUAGAUUGUUGUUGUUCGUGUCAUUUGUGUCCUUCGGCCUCUUAAUAGUCAAUUUGUUUUAUUCAGUGGAACUUGUUUUAAUAGUGUCAUGUCAUUGAAGAAUUAGAUGGUGUUUUAUAAAUAUAACCGUAGCAGAACUGUAUGUAGUAUCACAUACAUAUAUUAACUAGACUUAUGUUUUCUGAUAUAGACUUGCUAUUGUCAACCAAGCAGUAGUUACAUCUGGUUUCAAUUCACUUAUAAACUAUCGUGAACAACUAUUAUAUUACGUGUUCAUAGUUUAAAUUUAUACAUAAGGAUUUUAAUAUUGUUUUACCACUUAUAAAGGUUAUCAACCUGUUGACAAUGGGUGAUUCAUUCACAAAACCUUAGCUAACCUCUUUUCAAGUAGUGGAGUAAACUCUUUCCAAUAAGCAUUUUGGUUUACUAUGGAUCAAUAUGUGCAUCCACAAAAGGCCUCUUAUAAUUAUGUUGGGCCAGUUAGUAAUAAUAUAAGUGAUUUAGACAAUACAACUGAACCAAGUUAUGGCAGAAUAGGGUUAACACCUAAAGUAACAGAUUGUCAAGGGCCUGGAAAAUCAAGGUCAAAUGGAUUUCUAUCCAGUAUGAAUGGGAUUGGUUCAUAUGAUGAUAAUUCAUCAGGAAUAGCAUCAAGAUCUCUACCUGCUAGCAGUAGCAAUUCACCUGUCCGAGCUGUAAAUUUGCAAGAUAAAAAUAGAUUGGCUGAAUCUAAACAGAGAGCCCCCGGAGCAAUAGAAAGUAUUGCAAUUGAAGGCUCUGGUCCACCUAAAUAUCAACAAUUGUCUGAUUACAAAAUGUAUGAGAGAGGCAAUAUUAUAGCAGCGUCAAAGUUUGCUACACCCAAGCAAGUGGAAACUAUAACUUCAAAUAUUUCAAAUAUGUGUGUAAAUGAGAGACCAGCACAUUCACAGGUUUAUGCAAAUCCUAAUAUAAAUGGUGCAGUUCAUGGUGUAAUUGACCACAACAAAUACUACAGCUCAUCGCUGGUGGUAAAGCCAGGUGCCGCAAGUCCAACACACAGCCACAGUGGAUCUAGCAGGGAAUCAAACAGCCCCAGAACCAGUGUUGCGGGAAUGCCAAACUAUGACUAUUCGAAAAAUUCACCUUUAUAUGAAAACAUUGAUUAUUAUAAUUCUAGAGCAGCACCUCAAGUACCUCCUUAUUACCACCAGCUGCCACAAACACAUUCCAAUACACAUUCAAGCCACAGUUCUCAAGAUUCGAAACAUUCCAGUCCUAGAACCAGUUAUAUCAGUGUUGAUAACAGCAGUAACUUUAAAUAUGAGACUAACUAUAAGAAAGCUCAACCUCAAGUACCGAUCGGCAACAAAUUUAGCAGUUCCACUUCUUUUGGUAAUAACAAAGAUAUUCCAGUUCCACCAUAUGAAGCUCCUCCAGUGUACGAGAACAUACAAGACUUAAACAAGAUGCAGAACUAUGAAUCUUCAAGACCAGGUCCCCAGGUUCCAUUACAUGUUGAACAAAGGCAAACAAUGGUUUCACAAAACACAAUGCCUCCUCCAUAUCCAGUGCAUAAUCAAGCAAAUACUGGCAUGUGUAUCCCUCAACCUUCACAACAACAUUCGGCUUCUCAACCGUCUCAACAAUACUCUACAACUCAAAAACAGCCAAUUCCUAUUGCACAUGCAAGUGGUUAUGAGCAACGACCUCACUCUGCUUUACCUAAUCCAGUUAUAUCCAAAUCAAUAUCGACACCAGCAGCGUCUGCCGGCACUGGACAAACUUCAGUGGCAAUGAGUAACCAGUGUUCUGUGAUGUCAGGUAUAGCAGGCAGCGUAAGUCCUGUUCCACGAGAUAGCUCUCCUAGCCCUACUCUAUCAGCAAAGAUGAAAGCUAUGCCAGGAAGUGGGAAAAAUUUACUCCCUUACAAUGUAACACCACCUCGUUCUCAGGGGCCAACUGAAGCAGAACGUAAAAUUGAGGAGCUAACCAGGCAACUUGAGGAAGAAAUGGAAAAGCAAGAAGAGGAAGGAGAAUAUUUUGGUAUCUGUCACACAUGUGGGGAGAAGGUGACGGGGGCAGGACAAGCUUGUCAAGCCAUGGGUAAUCUGUACCACACAAACUGUUUCAUCUGCUGCUCUUGUGGCCGGGCUCUCAGGGGUAAGGCUUUCUACAAUGUGCACGGCCGGGUCUACUGUGAAGAGGAUUACCUGUAUUCUGGCUUCCAACAAACGGCAGAGAAAUGUGCCAUUUGUGGGCAUCUCAUUAUGGAGAUGAUCCUGCAGGCGAUGGGCAAGUCUUACCAUCCUGGUUGUUUCCGCUGCUGUAUGUGUAACGAGUGUCUGGACGGUGUCCCCUUCACAGUUGAUGUCGACAAUAAGAUCUACUGUGUCAACGACUAUCACAGAAUGUUCGCCCCCAAAUGUGCUGCUUGUGGAAAAGGCAUCACACCUGUUGAGGGUACAGAAGAAACUGUGCGUGUCGUUUCCAUGGACAAAGAUUUUCAUGUUGACUGCUAUAUUUGUGAGGAGUGCGGCAUGCAGCUGACGGAUGAGCCGGACAAACGCUGCUACCCGCUGGAAGGUCACCUAAUGUGUCGGUCCUGUCACAUCUCCCAUCUCAACCACCAUCCCAGGACAUUACAGAGUGUCUCAGCAAGCUACCAGUACAUGAACUAAUAGCGAACAAGAUCUUCAUUCCCCAGUUUACUGCUCUCUUCAUAUCUGAGACAAUACUAGACGAUUCGUCUUCCACCAGAGAUACACUACUUGAGUCAUAUGUUUACUGACGCAGAAUAAGCACAAUAAUUGUUAUAAUGCGAACCGAACCUAUCAUGCUGUACUUUGUUAGAUAAUACAAUGUUAAGUUUUAUAUUCUGAACAAAUGAAGAUAUUGGCUCGGACUAAGAGUCCAUAGUCCACAAGGCAAUGUUAUCUGUCACAUUUGUUGUAGACUGUGCGGAGCCACAUAUACUAAAGACCGGUGACUGAAAGCUAAGUGAGACAUAAUGAAUGAUCUCUAGUAUUCUCUGACCCAUGACAGCUCAGUAACGAGUGCGGGCAGCUCCAGUGGAAGAUUCAAUAAUGUUGCCAACCAAUCUUUGAUUAGCGAAUCACAGUGCAGAUUACAGAAUUGUUUAGGACAUCUACAGUUAUCCAGCUUUAUAAUUUGCUUUUAGUGUUUUUUUUACUUUUAAUUAAAAACAAAUAUUGACAUAUUUAUAAAAAUGACACAUUUUGGAACAUAAAUUUGUUGACGUUUCAACAUCUUACGUUUACAAAAUUGUCUUUCAACGUAUUUUCGAAGGAUUUCUUUUAGUUAAGGAGACAUUUCAAAACGAUCCCAGUUUGUUAGGAAUUAAAUCUCUGGUACCCCAGACAAGAAGUUAUUGUUUAAGAAACUGGAAAAAUAUCUUGACUGGCCCUAGGAAUAGAGAGCCCAAGACCUAAUCAUCCACACUGUCACUACAGACAUCUGUUCUCCACAUAUGGCCUACUAUUAAUACACGAUUAAGUUUAGUAGUUUCUCACCAAUGAAAGAUUUUGAACGGUUUGUGGGAAAUUCUUGAUAUAAAACAAAAUUAUUACCCUGUUUGAAAGAAUGUCUGUUUUGUAACUGUUUUGUUGGUUGUGUCCAGUAUACGGGCACUUAUCGUGGUGUUUUAAAUAUAUAAUAAAAAGUUCCUAAAUACAUAUAUAAUGAGAAUUUUAAACAUUGUUAAAUAAUUCUUUAUACACUUGUCUUGAAUGAGAGUUUACUGAUUAGUGAUUACUGUUUGUUAUUAUUGAUUCUGUUAUAUCAAUACUCCAGGUGGAUCACCGAACCUCAGCUACUGCAAAUAACAAAGCAUUUUGCCUCCGACAAGAACAGGGCCAGGAAAUAUUUGGUGGGGGGGGGGUUGUCCAGACAACUGAUGGGUCCGUUUCUAUGUUGAGAACGAUCUUUCAGCAGUACAUGUCAGUAGUACUCAUUUAUUUACAUAAUAAUAAUCGUUUACUAAAAAAAUCAUUGAAAAAAUUUGGGGGAUCCAGACCCCCUCACUGGCUACGUCUUUGGCCUGUGGAAGGCCCCAUCUUGAACUGCUAGUAAGUACGGUCUCUAAUUCUUCUCAAUGCAUUAUUGUACUUCUCCGUAAAUUGCACAUUGUUAAUAUCUAGAAAACAUGUCCUAGUAAUCCAUUGGGUUGCAGUAUAAUAAGUGGCCACCAUCACAAUCGAAUCAUAGAUAUUUAUAAUUAUAUCUAAACUACCGAGACCAAAAUAUUGAGUCGAUCACAUUUCAGCUGUUUUUAUAAUUAGAAAAGAAAUAAUUUUAUGACCAAUAAAUCAUAAUCUAUGCUAUAUGUAAUUAAUAUAACAAACGAAGCAUUGUACCAUUUUGUUACUAUUUUGAAGGAUAAACGUAUAUGACGGAUCGUGACACAAAUAACAUAUGUUAAUCGCCAUUGUACUUGUGGCUAUUACUCAAGUAUCAUACAAAUAAUUUUACUUUGUUCGAAUUCAUUUUGAACAAUAUUGCUAUUCAAUACAUUUAAAAAAGCUAGCAAUUAAUAAUUAUAAAUAGUUAUGGUUAAACAUUUUUCAUUUUUGGUAGGUUAGGUAUUUCUAAUCGAUAAUUUGAUUCGCUGCUUUGAUUGUGGUGGUGCUGAUUACUGUACUGCAACCAUCGAUUGCUCAAUACUUACAUCGACACAAUCUGGAAUUGAUAUGUAAGUCUGCGCAUGUUGGGACAAUAAUAGUACUGCAUCUAGUGAUGCUAUACUUUGUUUGAAGUUUAUUUUUGACGAUGGAAGGAUUGUGAAGGAAACAGGUUUUUUUUCGGACAUUUCCCAUCCUUCAGUAAAACAAAAAAUCAGUAACACUAUGUUUCAAUGCUAUAAGUGAUAACAGGACUCUAGCAUCAAUUCAUUAAAUUUUGCCGUCAACAAUUAAAGCUAAAUAUUAUCAAGACCAACUGCCAAAUUAUGUUUCGAACUCACUAUCAAUUUGCUUACUUAAAAAAGGAUUUAGUAAUUAAUUAGUUGUAAUGGCUAGAGAUGGAUUUACUGAGAACCUAAACCUUUGUCAUCAUCUAACCUAAAAUAACCGAAAAGUGUUGUUCCUGAAGUUUUUGUAUGACAUAUAUGUAAAAGGGACAGACAACACUAGGUAAAGUGAAUGUCUUGAUGUUUAAACACAGUAUUUGGCUGUAACAAAUUUUAUUGUGCGUGAAAUACAAAAAACUCAUUUAAAAUUACAAGCACUUAGCAUUCCUUCAUAGACAAAUAUGAAAAUUGUUUUGUUUUCUUUAAAUUUUUUUCACACAAAACCCAAUGAGUACAACACAUAAGUUCUCAGGCAGGUUCAUGUAUUGAAUGUAGUACAGAAAGGCCAACAACUAGUUAAACCAUUAAAUUAGAAAGUGUUCUGGUGGUCCACUUCAGUGUUGACUGGAUGGUUUAUAUAAAUUAUAUACACUAAUGAUUUUAAAUAUUAAUUGCUAUGAGUAUGCAUCUACUCCUAAACACACCUAUUGUAUGAAAUAUUUAAUCAAAUAAAAUGUUUUAUAUGUGUAUUAUUUUGGAUUGAAAACAAAUACCUUGUACAACAGAAAUACUAAUAUAACUUAACAAAAAUUAGCCGUUUGAAUUUGAUCUAAAUGUAUACAAUAUUGAAAAUCAACAGAGUUUUGUUCUAAUAGAAUUCUUGCUGUCUAAAUUAUAUAACAACAAAUUUAAGAUUUAGUUGCCAAAUUUAAAAUAAAUCCUAUCUAAGUUUAAUUUUUAUUAAAAAAAUAUAUUCCGUAGUUACGGUAGGAAGGGUUUAUUCACUGUGAAUAUUGAGUUUAGCUCUAAUUCACCUUCCUCUUAGUGUAGCAUCUGAAAACUGACGCUGUUACAGCGCAGACUUGACUCCUGGAAUUUGGAGUCAUGUUCAUCUGAAGAGAUCCAAAAACAGUCUGUGGUGAAGAAGCUCAAAACGAACUCUCUGUAUCGUUUCAAUAUCAGAGAACCCUGGACUAUAAAGUACAGUGUAAUCUAGGUGAAGAGGUGUUCUCAUUGUCUCAUCAGGUGCACAAUUAUUGAGAUUCCGGACGCUGCACUUACAGAAAGGUGGCUGGAGCUAAACUCAAUAUUUAUUUUUAAAAAGUGUUUUGAACUCUUAAUCAAAAUGUAAAUGUUAAUAAUAUAGCUUUUCCAUAUUAAAAUUAAAACAGAUAAAUGUUCACAUCAAGGCUAACAAUUUUUAUUUCAUGGUGAAACUGUUUAUUUAGUCCUGUUUAUUCAGAUGAAGAAAUAUUAUUAAAAAUUACAAAUUUAAUGAGAGAUAUAUUUUUAUAUGAACGUUACUAAUUAUUACUAAACAUCACUAUGUCAAUACUACUAUAGUAACUUGAACUACAUAAUUUCCUAUUACCAGCCAUCAUAACAUUUAGUUCUAUUAUAAUAUUCUAAUAUAUCUAUUCUAUUAUUUAGGAAUAACAAAUAUAGAAAACAGUUGAGUAUCUGUGUCUUAAAAUAAAAGUGAAUGUUUUACAUACAUAUAUGUCCAUAAAUUAUAUUAUGAAUCCAUGUGCUGAUUAUACAUACUGAUCGUAAUCUUUUGCUUUCAAAUUAAUUCUAAUAACUUAGCUCAAACAUGGUUAAUUAAUGAUUACUAUUUACUCAAUAUAAUCCUCUCAUAAUUUGUUAAAUUAUAAAUUAUCUAACAUAAGUUUUAUUAAAUAUUCCUUUUCUAUUUUUAUACAUUUAAAAUCUCUUAUGGAAUUUAUUGUUUUGCCGUGCAAAUCCUAACUAUAUAUUUAUAAAUGUAGUUUAAUGUUAUAACAUAAAAUUAAUAUAAUUUAUACAUAAAACUAUGUACAUCUGAUUGUGGUAGUAUUUAUUCGUCUUGAAAUGUAGUACUUCUACACAUUUACUAAGAAGCUUACUUUGAUAUUUCUGAACAAAAUCAUUAAAUCAAAAAUAUGUUUAAUGAUAUAAAUGAACUGUUGAUACAUUAAAGCUUAACAUUAUGGAAUUUAUGCUAGUUUCGAAGCUCAUUUUAAACUUACAUUAGUUGAAAUGUGUUAUAAUAUACCAGCUCUCACCAAUAAUAAUAUUAAGUAUGAAGUUUGUCAGUAACUUACUCAUUGUUUACGAGAUCUAUACGCCUGUCAAUUUGUUUAUAGUAAAUAUCGAUCAAUGUAAAUGUUACAUAAUAGAUAAACUCAAAUUAGAAUAGAAGUGUGUGCUUACAAUUCCUGGAGAUGCUGUUGAAUUGUCAACUUCAGCAAUACGUCGUAGAGAUCAUUGUCAUUGGAUACCAUCCGAGUUGAAAAACAGAUAUUUGUAAAAUUUUAAAUAGAUUUUAAUGUUAUUUUAGCUAGUUUAAUUUGCUAAUUGGUUUAAUUGACGUGGAAUAUAAGCAGUGAUAAAUGAGCAAGUGCACAUAAACGUAAAGGACAUAAAAAAGCAAUAUCCGUAAUUCUCAAAUUACAAGAGCAGUCAAAAAUUCUCAGAAUAACCUUGGCAUAACUUACUUAGAAAGCGUUUCAACUGACCGGUCCUUUUGUCUAUUCACAAGGUAUUGUGUACGUUUACAAUACGCUUCUUGCGAUAAUAGAGUUAUGCUUUGUGCUUGAUUUUUGUCAUAGUGCAUUAACAACGUUUACUUCUACACAGUUAUAAUACGAAUUUAAAAAUGGAAUUAAACUGACUAAAAGAAUCUGUAAAUAUAUUACUAAUGAAAUCAAGGGAGUAGAAAGUACAACAUUUCUUUAAUCAGAGAAACAAAAGUUUUUCAAAGCCACAAUAAUUUGGGAGUUCCGAUGGCCAAGCUGUCUAAGACAUCAGACUUUGGAUCUGAGUGACAGAGAGUGCAGGUUCAAAUCCUGUCUGUGACCAUUGCACUUUUUAUCAGUACCAUCGACCUUGUACUGUAUCAACUCUCCCCCUUGUUCUGUUUGAUAAGAUCCUGGCACAGGCCAGUGCCCCAUGAGGACAGGCAGGAUAAGGCUUAAAAGGGGAUCGGCCUCACCUUUAAAACAAAUUUGGUAGAGUAGUGUCAAAUUGUAAAGAUCGUGAGGUGAAAAUUAACCCCAAAGCUAACUGUUGCAUAAACAUUGUUACGUUAAUUCCAAAUAUAGUGUGUAAUAUUUCAUAAACAACAAAAUGAAAAGUCACGUGAUGUAGUACAUUAUAUCACAACAAGAGCAUAUGCGAUAGUUGAAUAUCUCGAUACGAUUGAUUGAAUACUGAGUAAAAUCGUAUGACCCGACAAGGUAGAAACACCACACCAUGUUUCAAGUGUAAGGCUUCUCUGAGGCUGCAUGCAAAAUUUAAAUCUUAUUGCUCAUUUCAUUUUAGACAUGUUUUGCGGUUUACCAGUCUGAUAUCAUACAGGAAAGAAAUUUUUACAUUCCCUUGGGAGACAAAAAAGAAACUGUCAGCCUACUAAGUGAUAGAUUCAAUAAUGCUCAGCCAAAUUCCAUGGAGUGAUUUGCAUCACCGUCGAACUCAGUGUUGCUAAUAUAUAAAUUAAGCUUCAUUCAAAAUGUGAAGUAUUAGGUCAUUUUAUGAGAUAUAGUAGGACAGACAGACAGAAAUGAAAUUUUUCCAACCCACGAGUGAUAGGCUUCGCUAACGCUCAGCCAAUAGGUACUAUAUAUCAUUAUAGUAUGUAUAUAAGAGGCUGUACUCUAUAAAAGUAUGAUUGAUGAAUUUAAUCUGCCUUGCCAAUGAAGUAAACUAACAAAUGGCAGUAUUUACUCAUUACUUCAUAUCAUGUGUCAAAGCACUGCUAAACCAAACACUAUCUGUAAACUGGAAACCUUCUAUCAGCACCUCUGAGGUAGGAUAUGAUUAUUUGAAAAAAUUUCAAUAUCAUCACUGUUCUGCCCCAUUACUCUAAGAUGGAUUCCACUUUACCUCCAAUAAGGAUGUCGUCCCGAAGUUAAACCCAAAAAGUGAUGUUUUCUAGAUCGUUGAUAAAGUUGUAGUUUUAAGAAAACUGCAUCUCUGCAAUAUACUUUGACUAGCUUUCCGUAUUGAUUUUUUAUGUGCAACUUCCAAAACUAGUUUCUGGCCAAACACUGACCCAAUUCUUUAAAGAUUAAAGUGGCAAGACUUUUUUUUUAAUUAGUCACAAUCAGUUUGAUAGUUUUGGAAAAUUUGGUGGACAAAGAUAAAAAAGAGACUUGGAAACAGGUUGGAUAGUACAACCUCCUCUUUUUUAAGCCUGUUUAAAAUACUGCUCUUUUCCCCCUUUAUGAUUGUGGAAACAAAAGUAAAUCUGAUGAAUUGUGUGCACAUGAGCAUUAAAUCUGUUUUUCCUAAAGCCCUGUGUAUGAGCAGAUAGAUACAAUUAAUAUUGUGACAGUUCAAUGCACAAUUUUACCGUGAUUUUUAUUAUUCCCUUCUAAAAAAUCAUUCAGAAUUAUUUAAUAAGACAACUUUUUUAUGUGAAUUAUUGCCCAUCAAAUACAAUCGCACAAAUUAUUUUAACAUGUUCACCAAUUUAGUAAGUUGAUGGAAUUGACAUUUUAUCUUCUUCGAAAUAAGUACAUUACUGGAUUAUUCCUUUUAAAUGAUUCCUUUAAUCUCGAGCAGAAAUUGAAAUUAUACUGCAGCUAUUUGCUUGUUCUCUGGCUAUUCCAAAUCGGUAAAGCAAAAUGGGUUUCACAAAAAAAAAAUACUGUUAUACCAAGUGAUGUUUCAAUUCAGGAAUUGUUCAGUUCUUGUGUAGCAAGAAUAUACAUAAUGUAGCAUAAGCUUGACUUUGCAAUGCUAUUCUGGGAGCUUUUAGACUGUCGCUAGUAUUUUUAUACUUGAUUUGUAUCGGAACUGAAAUUUUUGUGUGAUCUUGUGUACGUUUCUUUGUGAUAUGCUGUAAAUGAAUCUGAGGUUUUAUAAUUUUAAGAUUAAUAUAUUAUCUUGUGAUAGCGAAUUGCAAAAGACAUUAUUUAAAUAAGUAAUUAUCAUUGUGUACUAAUUUUUUUCAAUAUACAGUUGCUUGUAUGGAUGACUUUGUAUAGACGUUUUUUUUAUGCACUGAAAACAUAUUUCUAAAGUUUGCAUGAAGUUGUGUACUUACUGAUUACAUAACUUAAUAGUUAAGUUACAGUGAUAACUAAACAACAAAUCCUGAUCAAAUUGAAUCCUGAAUCUGCCGAACUAUUUACGUUCAGUGUUAAUACUAAUGCGUAACAUAUUCUAAGCAUGUUAGUUUUGUUUGUAGGUCAUAAUUCUCAAGUUGUUAGAUCUCAGUUGCGUUUAAUGAAACUGGGUUAUUACAUUUGGGUUGUCACAGUGUAUUUUUUUACAUGUAGAAACAAAUAUUUCUCGAUUAAGGUAUACAUGAUUGUUGGGUCUCAUAAACUUUAAUAUAGCUUUAAAUAGUGUGUGUCUUUCAAAGAAAUUCAGUUAAAAUAAUUCAUUAGCUUAAAUCAUUGAAUUUAAAGUAAAUGUAUUUUUAAGUGGUAUGAAUUUACCUUGGAUAACCAUUUAACUUGUUUUUUAUAUAUGCAAAUCUGUGGAGCAGGGUUUAGUUCAAAAUAAAUAUGCCAUAAUAAAUUAUUCUGAUUUACGAAUAUUUGAGGUUAAAAGUGUAAUGUACUGAAUGAUUUUUUUGACAAUGAAUAAAAUUUCAAGUGAUAUAAUUUAUUAGGUUGAGACCAAAUUUAAUCGCUAUCACCAUGUUUUUAACAGCUUUUUGUUGGUAGCAAUGCAUGAAAUGUUUGCUUGUGUUUCUAUUUUUGGAUACAGUAAAUAUCAAAUGUCUUCUUUUAUUAGUUGCACUUGGAACAUACUUGUACUUUUCUGCUUUUUCCAACAAUUAUGUUUCACUUGAGAAUGUUCAAAUAAAUUUGACCUUUUUGAAUCCCUCCAGUGUUCCAACAGUAAAGAAAAAAUCAAUCUACGACUCUUGUAAGGUGCUAGUAGACUGUUGCUAAGAAGUUUGGCAGUGUGAACUGGUCUUUAACGCUAGGUUUACUACUAUCAGUGUAUCAGUAUCAUAUACUUUGUUUAAAGAAUAUUAUUGACGAUGGAUUAUUUGAAAGGAUAGCAGGUCUUCAGAAAUUUGCCAUCAUUAAUGUUAAAAAAAUAGAAUACUACAUUUUGAGGAUUGGAAUCUAUUGUCAUCUUCAGGCGUCAAAAGACCCUAAAGACAGGUUGAGCAUACAGAAAAAUUUUAAAAUAAUUAAUACGUGGCGAUGAACUUGUCCUAGUCAUAGUUAAAAACAGAAUAGGUUGUACGUCACAAAAUCCUAAACAUAUGUCAGAGGGUCAAGAUUGAUUAAAGGAAGUACGAACCAUUUUACUGUACGCGACAUGCGCACACACCGGGAAAGGUGAAAGACUGAGAAAAAACCAAUAUGGACAUUUCCUGUUACAACACGGCAUGUCAUCUGAAACAAAGGGGGACAGAAUUGCAAUAUGGUCGUGGGGGGGGGGAGACACCCUUUGGCCUUACAUUAAGGUCAAUGGAAACUAUUGGAUGGCAAAUGUUUGAAAACCUGUUAUCCUGUCACAGAUUGGUCUGAAAGAAACAAGGUUAUUUUGAAUAAUAUAUGGUAAUGUAGUACUACUUUAUGUAAAUUUACUGAAAUGUGUUUUGUAUAAGGAUCAGUUAACUAUUGUAUAGUAUACAUAAUUAUAUUGUAGAAAUAGACUUUAGUGUUCUGAUUAAUAGUAUUCUUAUGGACCGGUUUAUUUAUAAAAUCAGCUAUAUAUUAUUUAUUUCAACUUAUCAGCGCUUCUGCAAAAUAAGAAUGUAUUUGCUCCUUGAAUCCUGUAAAAGCUAGAUUCUGGUAAGAACUUUGAACAAGUGAGUUAAAGCUUUUCAGUCAAUAUAGUAAAAUCAAAACUGUAAUAAAUUAAGUUCAUGGCAUUUUUAUUUACUAUGCAAGUAUAAAAUCUGUACCAGAUUUGAUCAAAAUAUAAAAUUGUGAUUUGUA